AUUGUAUAGUUUUCCAGUUCUAAGCUAAAGAAGCAUAAUUAUAUUAUUUAAAGCUUGCGAAAAUGGAUUCUUUUUGUGUAAUAUGCGAAGAGAAGUGUAAGGUCGAUCGGUUAAGCGAUUUAGCAGAUCUUGCGACCGUGUUCUACAACCUUACAUCAUUUCAGCUAUCGGAAAGAAAAGACAAACAUUCGCUGAAAAUAUGCAGCUUAUGCAAAGAAAAACUGUUGCAGUGUGAUGUUUUCCGAGAACUCUGCAUAAAAGCUUGCACCAAGCUGACCCAGCAUUUUUCACUGUCGCCGAUAAAACUGGAAGACAACCCCGAGGGUGAAAUACUUUCCAAUGAUGAAUCACUUCACGAAUCAAAAUGUACGGUGUAUUGCAAGUUAGAGAAUCCUUCCGGUAUUUCGGAUGUGAUCGAAGACAGUUUCUUAAAUGACCAAGCUUCUGACGGUGAAGGUAACAGUAUAAUGGUCGAAGCUGAAAAUGAUCCAUUUGCACAUCCACAAAUUCGAACCAGGAAAAAUGCACUUGAAUGUCAUGUAUGCGGAAAAAAGUUUCUCAGUUCGUUUCGGUUCGAAGGACACAUCAGGACUCAUGAAGGUCUUAAGCCUGCUCAGUGUAAAAUCUGCGGGAAGGAGUUUAGCACGUAUCGCAACCACAAAAUGCAUAUGCUUCAUAAGCAUACGGAUAUUCCCAGGGCAACAUUCCCAUGCGACUUUCAAGAAUGCAAAUCGUCAUUUGCUACUAAGCAAGGGUUGAUAAUGCACCGAAAGAAACAUGAUCCGGAAUAUACUGGUCCCGAACCAACCCCAGUUGUUUGUGAAACAUGUGGGAGAAAGUUCUCUUCUAAUGGAGCAUUGAAGAAACACACCUACAUUCACACCGGCAAUAUGCCAUUUCACUGUGCAGUAUGCAAUAAGGGAUAUCCUACUGCUUACAAGCUGAAGCAGCAUACCAGUCGGCAAAAUUGUAAACCCAAUCAUCAAACUGAAUCGGAAACGAUGGUAAAGCUUGGAGAUAAUGCCAACGAUCCACACUUCUCCGGUAAUGAAUCGUCCGAUGACCCAAAACUGACCGUAGAAUGCAAGCUUGAAAGUUCAGAGUGCAAAUCAGAUGUAUUUGAAGGACAUGUCUUAAACGAUGAUGUUUCUUACGGUUCAGAUGUGGAAAAUUUCAAUAAUUCGACUAAAACUGAAGACUACUCACGUCCUCGAAGGCGACAAAUUGCAAAAGAGGGUUUAGUUGAUUCUCUUGAAUGUAAAUUGUGUGAGAAAAGAUUCCGUAAUCCGAUUCGUUUCGAAGGUCACCUAAGAACGCAUCAAGGUCUAAAGCCGGGUCUAUGCAAAGUAUGUGGAAAGGAGUUUAUCAUGUAUCGCAACCUCAAACUGCAUAUGCUUCAUAAACAUACCGACAUCCCUAGGAAGAAAUUUCCUUGCGAUUUUGAAGGUUGCGAAUCACUAUUUGCAACGAAACAAGGGCUGGUAAAGCACCAAAAGCGACACGAUCCAGGCUAUACUACGCCUGAACCAACAACAUUUGUCUGCGAAACGUGUGGCAAAACAUUUUCUACCAGUGGAGCUUUAAAGAAACAUUCCUACAUCCACACUGGGAAUAUGCCGUUUCACUGUGGGGUGUGCGAUAAGAAGUAUCCAACAUCUUAUAAGUUGAAAGAGCAUACCAUGCGGCACCAAGGAAUAAAAAAUCACACGUGUCCUCAAUGUGGACUCAAGAAGACGACAAUGCAUGAGCUGAGAGCUCAUAUGAAGUAUCACACGAAGGACAAACAAUUUCCCUGUGAAUUUUGCGAGCAUGUCUUCUUAAAUCAAGGCAAUCUGAAAAGGCACAUCAGAAUCGUUCAUCGGAAAAUUAAAUCGUACAACUGUACACACUGUAGUCAAUCAUUCGGAAAGGCAGAGACACUAAAAAAUCACAUCAUGACUCAUACUGGUGAAAAGCCGCACGCCUGUACGGUGUGUGGGAAGCGGUUCAUUCAGCUAGUGGCCCUUCGUAAACAUGCAAAUGUACAUGUCAAGAAUGCAAGCCGUAAGAUGAACCGCAUCCAUUUUUCACUGUCGCCGAUAAAACUCGAAGACAACCCCGAGGGUGAAUUACGUUCUGACGAUGAAUCACUUCACGGAUCUACCAUAAAGUGCAAGCUGGAGAAUCCUUCCGGUAUUUCGGGUGUGAUCAAAGAAAGUUUCUCAAAUAACCAAGCUUCUGAAAAUGAAGGUGACAACAAAAUGGUAGAAAAUGAGAGUGACCCAUUUGCUCAAACCUAUAGUCGAGCAGAUGUGCAGAUGAAAAACUCCCAUGAAUAUCAUGUAUGUGGCAAAAUGUUUCAUAAGGAGGAUGCACCAAAGGGAGAAUUUCCAUGCGACUUUCAAAAUUGCAAAUCGUCAUUUGCUACGAAGCAAGGAUCAAUAGUUUACCGAAAGAAACAUGAUCCGGAAUAUACUGGUCCCGAACCGAUGCCAGUUGUUUGUGAAACAUGUGGAAGAACGUUUUCUUCUAAAGGAGCAUUGAAGAAACACACCUACAUUCACAACGGCAAUAUGCCAUUCCGCUGUGCAGUAUGCAAUAAGGGAUAUCCUACUGCUUACAAGCUGAAGCAACAUACCAGUCGGCAAAAUUGUAAACCCAAUAAUCAAACUGAAUCGGAAACGAUGGUAAAGCUUGGAGAUAAUGCCAACGAUCCACACUUCUCCGGUAAUGAAUCGUCCGAUGACCCAAAACUGACCGUAGAAUGCAAGCUUGAAAGUCCAGAGUGCAAAUCAGAUGCAUUUGAAGAACAUGUCUUAAACGAGAACGUGUCCGGCGAAGAAGACUACGGUUCUGAUGUGGAUUAUUUCAACAAUUCGACAGAAACUGAGGAUGACUCACACCCUGGAAAGCAAAAUAGUGCAAAAGAAGGAAUAGUAGAAUCUCUUGAAUGCCAGUUGUGUGGGAAAAGAUUCCGUAAUCCGAUUCGUUUCGAAGGCCACCUAAGGACGCAUCAAGGUCUAAAGCCAGGCCUAUGCAAACUGUGUGGAAAGGAGUUUACCACGUAUCACAAUCUCAAAAUGCAUAUGCUUCAUAAACAUACCGAGAUCCCUAGGAAGAAAUAUCCUUGCGAUUUUGAUGGUUGCGAAUCACUAUUUGCAACGAAGCAAGGACUGAUAAUGCACCGAAGAAGGCACGAUCCAGGCUAUACUACGCCCGAACCAAAAACAUUUGUCUGCGAAACGUGUGGCAAAAUAUUUUCCUCCAGUGGAUCAUUAAAGACUCAUUUAUACACACACAACGGCAACAUGCCGUUUCCUUGUACUAUAUGCGAUAAAAAAUAUCCUACAGCCCACACACUAAAGGAGCAUACUAUGCGACACAAAGGCAUAAAAAUGCAUACAUGUCCACAAUGUGGACUCAAGAAAACGACAAUGCAUGAGCUGAGAGUCCAUAUGAACUAUCAUACGAAGGAAAAACAAUUUCCAUGUGAAUUUUGUGAGCAUGUCUUCUUAAAUAAAGGCAAUCUACAGAGACACAUCAGAAUCGUGCAUCAGAAAAUGAAGUCAUACAACUGUACACACUGUAGUCAAUCGUUCGGUAAGGCAGAGACCCUCAAACAUCACAUCAUGACACACACCGGUGAAAAGCCGCACGCUUGUACGGUAUGCGGUAAGCGCUUCAUUCAGCUAGUGGCCCUUCGAAAGCAUGCAAAUGUACAUGCAAAGAACGAAAGACGCAUGACGAAUCAAAGUCCCAGCACCGAAUAGGAGGCAGCCAUACAGUAGACAGAUAAAUGUAGAUAAUAAUAAUUAGGGAGAAAUCAAGCAACAGCUUAGUUAAUUUAUUGAGUAGGUACAUUGUAUUCUUAAGACCACUUUUUAUGUAAAAUAUUGUUUUUUUUGUGGUGUUUAAAGCGUGAUUUUACAAUUAAGAACACAGAAAAUCCAUCAGUUUUGGUACAGUGAUUGUUACUGUCUUCUUAUGAAGACAAAGCACACGCGAGAACAUCAAGAUCAAUCACACGAUUGUUGUUUCUAACGAUGUGGAUGCUAUAGUUGGCGAAGUAACGAAGUAUCAUGAUGGGCGUGCUGGUGCUCAUUCCAGUCAGUGUUGGCCAGUAUAGCCCCGUAAAUGUGAACGAUCCUCUGGCAUGGAUAGUUGGACGGAGCAUUCACCCAAUCCGGGGGGUUUCCAGCGCUUGCUGAUGUGCUGCUCUCCCAGCCGCUGGCAACUUGUGUCGGUGACGUAUCUGCUUGAUGAAUGCUGGUAAUGACACUGCUGGUAUGAGUAGUCCAAUCGCGCUGAGGUCGAAGCGCCAUUUGACUCAGCGGCACACGCAGGCCCCCGGCGCCGCUCCAGAGAAGGGAACUCAUCAGGUGAAACACCUUUGCUAUGUCCAGCGCUCGGACGCCACAAACGGAAGAGACGUACCAGAGCUUCGGUAGCAGCAAGGUGUUUAGAGGAACUACUACCAAUGGCUACUACCAGUGUGAUAUAAAGCGAAAAAGUACAUCAAAAGUAUCAAUAUAUAAAAUAUCGUCUAUAAAUAAUAUAUAAAAUACCGUCAAAUAAUGCAAGAAAUCAUUAGAAUAAUGUUGAAUAAAGUA